AUGGGGAAGAUCUUCCAGCUGGAGGUGUACGGGCUCCGGGGGGAGAAGAUGCUCGUCGACCUGUGCAACACCGAGGAGCAGAUGCAGAAAAUGACGGUGCUCCAGCUCAAGGAGAAAAUCAUCCAGAGGCUUCCGGGUGACACAGAUAAGGACACUUUGCGGCUGAUCUUCGCAGACAAGAUGCUGGACGGAGACUCGAAGCUGCUGUCUGAGUUUGGGAUCCAGCACAUGUCGGUCAUCCACAUGGUGAUGAGGGUUCCUGGAGGCCUGAGGCCCUGA